CGGUAACGAUGAUUUCAUAUUUACAACGGACAAAUUUUGAGCCGAGCAUUGAAUCACUAGUUUUAUGUUUUUAUUCUAUGAUAUACGUAAAGCAUGCAGUGUAUCAGAAAUAAUAAAAGUGUCUCGUUUAUUUCAAUGUAAAGAAUUAAUUAAAAGUAAUUUAAAAUAAUAUUUAUAUUCUAGCUUAUAUAAUGUAUAAUUUUGGUCUUAAGAAUAGUAUAGUUUUAUUAAGAAAAUUUUCACCAAUUUUUAUUGUAUCAUCACCGUUUAAUACUAAUCUUAGUAAAAUUCAAAUAACACGUUUUAUAAAACGUAAUUUUUCUGAAGUUACACUUCGCAAAACAAAAAAAGAAAUUGAUGAGAAUGAUAACGAGAAAUUACAAAAACUUUUAGAAGAUUCUGUGUUAAUGAAAAAGUAUAAAUUGUUACAAUACGAAAUUGAUUAUAUGCGAGAAGUGAAUAAAGAUGUUCCCGCAGAAUUACGACCAAAAGAUUGGUUAUAUAUGUUAAAUGCAACUAAGACACAUCAAAGGAAAUAUAUUCGAUUUCUCUUUCUAAAUGAAAUAAAACAACAAAAUCUGCUGAAGAAACAUAAAGAAAAGAUACAAUUAACACGUUUAAAACAGAGCAAACUAGAAGAAGAAUGUCCUAGUGGUAUAAAAUAUGGUCUUUCAAAUAAUACUUUAUUUUUACGUAUUUAUGAAAGUACAUUAGAUAACUUUUUAAACUUGAAUCUAUCAAUAUCUUCAAUGUUUGAGCCGAAUAUAGUAUUUGAUUGUGGAUACGAACAUGUAAUGACAAAUUAUGAAAUGAAGAAUUGUGCUAAACAAGUAUUACUAAGUUUUGUCAAGAACCGUAUACAUAAAUGUCCAGUUCAGCUUUAUUUGUGUAAUGCACCAAGAAAUAGUCAAUUUAUGUCAAUGCUUCAUAAUUUAGUUCCAAAUCUUUACAAUGAUAGCUUUCCGUUAAAUAUUACUUCUAAGUCCUAUCUUGAUAUAUUCGAUAAAGAUAAAUUAGUAUAUCUAACACCGCAUUGUAGAAACGAAAUGGUAUCUUAUGAUCCUGACAAAACUUAUAUUAUUGGAGCAAUAGUGGAUAAGAUAUCUCCUCAACCUUAUUCUUUAGCUAAAGCUAAAAAAGAAGGUAUACAUAUGGAGAAACUACCAUUAAAAAAAUAUUUACAAUGGAACAGUGGAAGUAGUAAAAGUCUUACUCUUAAUCAAAUCUUAGGUAUAUUAGUAGAUUUAAAAUAUACGAAAGAUUGGAUGGAUGCUUUUAAUAAUAAUAUUCCACGUAGAAAACUGAUGUGGAAGGAAGAUGAUGUUUCUACGAAAUAUAUGCAUGUAAGAAGAUAAAUUAUCUUUUACACUGAAUAUCAAUUAUUUAUUUCCAAAAUUUAUCAAAGGAAUUAAUUAUAAUUUUGAAAAAUUAGAGAACUUUUCUUGUAUUCAGUAAAAUUGUCUUUAUAUAUGUAUCUAUAUAAACAUUUAAUAUGUAAACAUUAAUUGCCAAUAUUUCGAUAGUUCAACAAAGUUUUUUCUUAUUGUUUAUAUAAUAACUUACAUAACAAUACCAGGAAUAACUAAUUCUCUUGUGUGUAAUAUUUUCUUUAAAAUGUUAUAUAAAUUUUAUAUAUAUUAUAAAAUAUUGUAUAAAUAAAUGUAAUGUGCGCGCGCGCAUUAUGUAUAUAGAGCAUAGGUAUUCAAGCAAAAGUAUCAAACAUCUUAAAAAAAGAUACUUGCAACUUCAGUUUUUUAUUGGAUUGAUAAAUAAUGCAAAGUAGUUCAAAUAAACAAAAACUUUAUAUAUUUAAUAAUAUUUAACAUUAAAUUUCAUUCGACAAAUGACAAAUGACAAGA